AUGUUCCGCGAUGAAAGCACCAAGGUGAUCAAGAAAGCACAUGCUCAAUGGGGAGUCACCGAUGGUGCUGAGAAUGGUGCUGAGCGCGCCUCGGCCUCGACGGCCCCGUCACCGCCUGCUUCUUCGCCCGCUUACAGCCGGAAGGGCUCGCCGAACAGUACGAGGGUUGCAUCACGAUCAGGAGCCGCGAACGUACCUUCACCAGCUUCAAGCUCGGCAUCCUUUUCCGCCUCGCCUUCGUCAACGUACCGCUCUGCAGGCUCUUCAUCUCCGCCAGCGCUCCCAGCUGUUAAGGAAGAACACAACCGCGAGUCCAGCCCUCCGACACUCCAGAUUGGUCCCACUCUCGAGGAACAGGGCGUGCAGUUCUACGUCAAUAGGUACUUGAUAGGGCAUCCGGAUGAACCCAAAAACGGCCAAGACUUGAACACUGAGGGUUGGAUAUGGCACCCAGCAGUACAGGACGUCAUGUGCGCUGUUGGCCUUGCUGGCCUGCACAACCUGACUGGCAACCCCAAGAUGAUGUCUACUGCGCGAGAGAAGUAUGGUUCAGCACUACGACACACGGGAAAGCUGAUCCGGCCUCCGCAUACACCGAGCAUAGAUGUGACGAUGAGGGCCGUGGUGGCCCUCGCCAUGUUUGAGGUU